UAAUUAUUAUUUGUCAUAAAUGGUUAAGGUAUAUUUGAUAUUGCAGUUUAACACAUACUCUAGUUAUGCGCUGUAAAAGCGGCUGAACUGUAUGACGCCAUUAUCAAUUUUGUACGAACAAAGAGCGCGGAGCACGUUGGCGCGAGAAAAGGGAAAUGGCUUAUGCUCCGGAAAUGCUGGAAAUUGACGGAGGAAUCAACGGACACUCUGAGGAAGAACGAGGUGAUUUCCUAGUUGUGAGGUUCCCUGAACAAGACGACGAAGUGGCAGUGGUUCAUACCAAGUGGGUGCACGGCAACAGCUGCCUGUGGCCCCCAGAGAAAGAGAGCAGGAGGCUGCGAGAACUAAUUAAAAAGGGAGCAACUCCGAUGUCGUCAUGGAAGAAAUUCAAGUGUGUCGAGAUGGAUGCAUACCCCACUUAUGAGAAAGCUCAACAGAAACUGCGGAUCGCUGAGUGCACAUCGGAUCUCCAGAGCGAGAAUGACCUUGGCAAGGGAAAGCGAAAGAAAAUAACUCGACAACUGAGUUCGUCUGACUCUGAUGAGCCUGAAGCACAGCAUGGAACACAGAAACAAGAUACAGACUCUUCAGAACCUCCUACACCACCACGUGGAAGGGAGAAAAGAGGUGCUGAAAAGACGUGGGGGAAACAUACGGAAAAGUGGAAACGCAACAGUGCACUUUGCCAUCCGGCUAGCAAAGCAGCCCACCAGACAGCCUCUCAAAGUCAAGGAAGCACUAUGAUGCAUGGGCCGAUGGGGCACAAGAGGAAUGAAGAAGCUUCUAGUGAAAGUCAAGGAAGCACCAUGAUGCAUCGGGCAAUGGGGCACAAGAGGAAUGAAGAAGCUUUUACUGGUCUUGACAAGCAAGUAAUUCGUAUUUUGCACACAAUCCGGCUCCGGGUGGAACAGCAUUCUAUGCAGCUGGAUACCAUUCUGGGAAUCCUAAACAGCAGUGGAGCAAUGAACGUACCCAACGACGAAAUACUUGAAGAACCUUUUGACAACGUGGAUGACUUUCUGGUGUUUGACAAAAAAUUGAAGACAUGCAAAGCGACAAAGGAAAGCUUGUGAGUGUUAUGGCAUUAUUGUUUGUUUUUGUUAAAAUUGCAGGCUUUAAUUGACCUCACUGACUGCAAUGCAGGUCAAUCAGCUGGCAGCAGUAGGAGGUUCGUCGGUGGGCAACAACACUCGUGGCGUGCUAGAACAGUUGAUGACCCAGAAGGUGGCGGUGAAAUUCAGCUGGCUGGGUCAAAGGGAGAAGAUGAAGUUUAAAGACCUCGACUACCCGGAUGUCAUCUACAGAGCCGUAAAGAAAAACAAGCGGUUGGAAACGGACAAGGCAGAAGUUUGGGAGGUUAUAAAAACAUGGCUGAAGCAUGCCGCAGAAAAACUGAAGAAGGAGCAGCGGAAGCUGCAGCCUGAUGAAUAAUAAGAUUAUUUGUUGCAUACAGUGGAACACUUCUAGUCAAACUUUUAAUCCUGUAAUGCCCAGAGUGAUACUGAGCGUCGUUGGUUGUUUGUAACUUACGCUGUGGAAAGUAGACAUAUCUCAAUUUCUUUUUCAACUACAAAAGAUACUGGCUGUAUCAGAUGUUAUACAUUGGGCAAUUAAUAAACUAUAUCUAUGAACAACACU